GAAAUUCCGAACUCUGACUCUCCAAAUCCUGACCCAAGAUCUGCCGCACAACAACGGACCGAGGACUUCAGGAAUCAAGGAACUCUCACCUUGUCACGAUGUCACAGAAAAAAUCGUCAUCCAAGAGUAGCCGCUCCCGACCGAAAUCUACAGCUUCACCGUCUGCCACCAACAGUUACUACACGGACUCUCUGGGGUUCAUGGCGAUGGAUUGCAAUGUCCCUGGCCUCUCCAACGUCAUCCUGCAAAGACUGAACAUGAAGAGCUACGAAGAAUAUCGGACUGCACUUACUGGUACAAGUCUUGCUACAAAUUAUGGCAUCCGAACGUACUCGGAGAUGUUUCAGAAGAUGGAAGAUACCUACAAAUUCUGUGCUCAGUGUAAGAAACUCCCAUCUCACCUCUCCGAUCCUCGCAACAUGAGGCGCUGCAAAAGAUGUCAGAACGUGUAUUACUGUAGCUCAGAGUGUAUUCGGGAGAACUGGGCAUCGCACAAGAAAUUCUGCCGGAAACUAAAGUUGGCAGCGAUUGACAGAUUAGUCGAAUGGCUGGUCUUUACAGGAGAUAUUCCAUUUACGACUGGACCUUGGAAAAAAACGCAUUCGGAGAUAAAGAGCUGGGAAGACUGGUUUGCCAUGCAGGAGGAUCACGAGGAGAAACUAGACAACAUACUGUCUGGCCGCUACAUGGCAAUGCUGUGGUCCAACGCUGGGAAGCCCAGGCCAGAAAAUAAUGAUCUCAGGGAAUCCGUAAAGCGCUUGACAUGUGACUUUUUCUCUCGACCAAUGUGCAUUGGUUUUGCCAUGAAUACCUUCCAUGUUGACCCCUAUAGUGGACCCAUCACAAUACACGUUGUUGGAGCUUCUCACAUCGAGACCUUGAACAUCAGGACCACAGAUUACGAUGAACUUGCCAAGAUGUUUCCUGGAAAUCAGGGCCUGGAAGUGGUGAUGGUAGGACCCGAAAUUGUAGACAGUCCAGUCAUGAGACCCCCACUGACGGCAUUUGGACCACGUGGGAGAGUAUAUCUGAGUGGAUUUAGAGGACUGUACCAUGUCUUCUGGGAGACUCUGAUAGAAACCAAAAAGGCUGCAAGACCUGAUCUUGUGGUGGGCUUCCAUCCAGGAUUCCAUGUCUCCCAGGGUCUGACAGAGGGAUGGCUCCCCACUCUGCUGCUACUGAGGGACUACCAGAUCCCAUCUCUGUUCACCUUGUACAGUGAACAUGAAUUGAAGUAUUCUCUUCAGAUCCUGGCAGAGCUGGACACCAAUGUUUUAGGAUGCGGUCCUCUCCCUUUCUCAUCUUUGAAGCUCGAGCAGGUCCAGUCCGACCCUAACAAACAGCCUGUGAACAGCAACGCUCUAUACCUGACCUUCAAGGGUCCCACAUGGCAGGAUUCUGAGGCCAACAUGGGGGACCUCGAAUAAAUCUAAACUGAACCCCUGCGUCCCAUUGUCCAUCGUUCACAGCACCAUGUUAAUCAGAGCCCAAUUAUCUAUUAUCUAAUAUCUAUUUUAAUGAUUCGAUUUCAGAAUAGUGUCAAAUGUUUCUGCUUUCUAACUAGAAGUAUUGACAAAUGCCACUAAAUACUCUUAAUUGGAAACCAUACUUCCUUUGUCCACCAGAUGGCAGCGGCUGGCAUUAUUUGGUUGUAAGGUUUCGAUUAGCAUUAGCACGUCAGUAUGUAGAGCAGCGAAUAUUUUCUUUGAAAUCAGUCAUUACCGGGUAUUUUCGUUCCAUUUUACUAACUAUUUAGCAAUAGCCUUAUCGUUUUGGUAAGGUCUGCUUUGAUUAAUGUGCUGAUUUAAAUGGAACAAAAAAGUACAAUAAAUUCUUGGUAGAAAAAUCCCCCCAUUCCAAGUGAUAAGCAAAAAAUAUCCAUUAUUUAUUUUAUAUCAAUGCAUUAAAAAAAAGGGAUGGGUGCAACAAACGUGCUGUAUGAUGGAUUCUACAAAGAGAAUAUUUACUGUGCACAAAAUAAGAUAAUGCAAUAUUAAAAGAGGCGUAAUGCCCAUAUCGCAUAUAUCAGACAAUCUGGUUGGCAGAAGAUUUGGCGAUACUGUGCCUGUUCUUCAAAAUGGUCUAGCUGAGAUAUCUGGUGCCAGCCAUUGAUGUGGUAAUUA